AAACCCUCCAUUCUCCCACCCACGGGUCCAUUCUCCCCUCAACACUCUUCCUCCUAAAGUCUAAAACCCUUUGGAAGAAGAAUCAAUCACUCUCUUUUUUCUCAGAGACCAAAUAUCAAACACCAUGGGGUCAUUCACCAACACCACCAACUUCGACAAUCUCCUCCUCCAAACUCUCAUGGGUCGCCUCCAAAUCCGCCCUCCAACCGCCACAACCACCGCCAACCCUUUCCACUCUCAGUCCCUCGAAGACCUCCUCUUCGAAGCCGCCAAUUUCUCCGACGACAACGAUGACGACGAAGACGAUGGUGAGAAUGGCAGUAGCAAAACCCAGCUCGCCAAAGAAGAAUCCAAGCUCGAAAAGGAAAUCGUCCGGGUCAUCCUUAGUGGAAAGACCGAUUCUCUGAAACCCAACUCGGGUCAGGCCGUGACUAUCGGUGAGCACCACAUUUGUGUCGGGUUUCACGAGGAAACGGGUUCGGAUUACCGGGUAUGGGAGUGGCAUGGGCAUAUAAUGCUUUUCGAUGAAGAAAAUGGGUACACGCCUGAGUAUAUAUAUGGGAAUUACUUCGAGAGGUUGUUGGUUAAGUCGCGUGGUGUUGAGGAAGAGAAAGAGAAAGAAAAAGAGGAGGAGAAGGAAGAGAAGGUUGGGAACUUGGGGCUAAGAGAGUUGAUUGAUGGUGGCGAUUCGGGCGGGGCUCGGAUUCUUCAUCGGAAUAUCAAUGCUGGUUCUCCAAGGUUUUAGCCAAGUUUUCACUCAUAGCAUAAGAAAUUUUGGAUUUUAAAGAAGGAAGAUGCACUCAGUGUCUCAUCCUGUCAUCCACAAUGCUAUUUGGAGACUGAAGUUAAUGCUUAUCAUUCUGCACAUGAUGUUCAAUGCAGUUUCAAGUUUUCAUCUGGGUCUUUUAUGUGCUCUCUAUUUGGACUUCAAAUACAUAUAUGACAGCAAAGACCUGAGACAUACUUUUGUUAAAGUAGCUUUUUUAUCUAGCAGAACGAAUAUUUGCAUCAAUCUGCUAAAUUUCUUCUCAGUUGUAAGUUUAAGUCUGCCAGGCAGAGCAAGUUGGUAAUUACAUGGUCACAGUUGGUUUC